AUGUACCAACCCCUCGAGGAUAGAAGCGAGCGGGACUCUCAAUCCACAGGAGAUUGCGAGAAGCUACUUUCUGAUAGCCCAGAAGUUCCAUUUCAGAAAUCGCUCAGACGAGUCCCGGUGUGGGCUGUUCUCGCAACCACCAUACUUGCAUCAUCUGCUUUUUUUGUAUUGGGAACCUGGUUUGGGAGUCGUACGACAGAUAGGUCCUGUUUGCAGCAUGUCCAGAAAUACUGUAUGUUUCUAGGAACUACUCUCUUCGCGCAAUCACUGAACUCGAGUGCAGCUCCAAUCAUGGCGGAAGUGGACAAUUCCUACCACAGCGUUCGCUUCAACGGGUCGUUCAUGAAGGAAAACGCGUUUCGACUCGGUGCAGGACCAGAAGUAGAUGCCGCCUGGGAAUCUCUGGGGAUCAACUAUCGAGGGAUAGCCGUACCGCUUAGCGAAGGCCCCAAAUCCGGCCUCCGAGCCGACCAAGUGCAAAUCAACCCCAAACACGGCGGCGGCUUCCCCGCUAACGUCGAAGGCCUGCACCACCUCCACUGCCUCAACCUCGUGCGCCAAUCCCUCUACUACAACAUCGACUACUACCGCGCCCAAGGCAAGGGCGCGUUCGUGAACGAAGAGAGCGUCGUCCGGUACCACGUCUCACACUGUCUCGAUAUCGUGCGCCAGCAGUUGAUGUGCACGCCGGACACGGGGCUCCUGGGACAGGUCUGGUGGGACCCCGAGUACCCGAAGGCGUUCGUGGAUUUCAACACGGAGCACAAGUGCAAGAACUUUGAGGCCAUCCGGCAGUGGGCGGAGGAGAGACAGCUUCCGGAGACGGUGCCGGAAGACUUUUUGAGACCGCCGCAAGCUAGUGAUACCAUCUAUGCGGCCAUUCCUUGA